AUGAAGCUCACCAAUCCAAAUGAGACACCGGUAUAUACCAUCUCCGGUGCUUCUACUGCACGCCCGCUACCUGACUGGCUUGCUCGUAAAAGAAAGCGCAGUUUGAAAAAUGAUCCAGAAUAUGCCAAUCGUGUCGAACUUCUACAGGAUUUCGAAUUCGAAGAAGCCAGCGCUUGUAUCAGAGUCAGUGAAGAUGGCGAAUGGGUCAUGAGUACUGGCACAUACAAACCGCAAAUUCAUACACAUUAUCUUCCUCAUUUAUCUCUUUCGUUCGCAAGACAUACCACAACCCUCAAUCAUUCCUUCGUGCUUCUUUCUAACGACUACACGAAAUCGCUUCAUUUACAAACCGAUCGCAGACUAGAAUUUCAUACACAGGGUGGAUGCCACUAUCAAACUCGAUUACCUCGAUACGGGCGCGACCUUGUUUACGACAAAUCCUCGACGGAAGCAUUAAUACCUGCUGUUGGUGUCAAUGCUGAUGGACUCGGUGAAGUUUAUCGAUUGAAUCUCGAAAUAGGACGUUACAUGAAACCAUACCAAAUCGAUGUUGGCGGCGAUGACCUUACAACUGCUGGUGGAGGUGCUUUGCAAGGAGGCAUACACGCUGGUAGUGUCAAUUGUGCAGUAAUUGCCGAGGAAAGUCAUAAUCUUAUGGCUUUCGGGACAUCAAUUGGUACGGUGGAGUUUUGGGAUUCAAGAUCAAAAGCAAGAGUAGGGAUUCUCGCUGGCCAACAAGGGCAGAUCACUGCGCUUGAUUUCGAUAGGUCGGGUAUCUCGAUUGCGACUGGAUCCUCGGAAGGUUUAGUACAACUGUAUGAUCUUCGACGACCUGUGCCAAUAUUGAGUAAAGAUCAAGGAUACGGUUACCCAAUCAAGACUUUAAUGCAUAUGACUACAUCUUCGCAGGAGAAGAAAAUCCUUUCGGCAGACAAACGAAUCAUCAAAUUGUGGGACGAGGCAGACGGAAAAGCUUGGACUUCGGUAGAACCAGCAGUGGAUAUCAACUCCGUGGCUUGGUGCAAGAAUAGUGGUAUGCUUCUCACAGCCAAUGAAGGCAAACAGCAACAUGCUUUCUUCAUCCCACAAUUGGGUCCUGCGCCAAAAUGGUGCUCAUUCUUGGAUAAUAUGGUUGAAGAAAUGGCAGAAGAAGCACCAAGUGAGACUUACGAUAAUUACAAGUUCUUAACAUUACCAGAACUCAAGGCACUCAAUCUGGGUCAUCUCGUGGGAACUACCAACCUUUUACGUCCAUAUAUGCACGGUUACUUUGUGGCUUCCAAGCUCUAUGAGCAAGCCCGAUUGAUUGCCAAUCCCUACAUAUGGGACGACGAGAGAACCAAACGAGUCAAGGAGAAGGUCGAGAAAGAACGAGCUAGUAGAAUCAGAGGCGGCAAGAAGGUCAAGGUCAAUCAGAACUUGGUUGACAAAGUACUCAAGAGACAAGAGCGUAGGGAGAAGGUUGAUGAAACUGCUGGUGUCUUGGGUGACUCGCGUUUCGGCAAGCUUUUCGCCGACGAAGAUUUCGCUGUUGAUGAGCGUAGCAGAGAGUUCCAGGCUCUUAACCCUAGUACCAAGGUCGGUGGUGGUGAGGAGACCAAACAACGCAAAGUGGAUAGCGAGGACGAAUCGAGCGACGAUGAUAACGAUAAAGAUGAGAUUAUGUCGAAGCCUAAGCCAGCUCCCGAGAUGCGUAUCUCUUCUUCGUCAUACAAGAAAUCCGGCCACCAACGUAAGGACAAUGCUUUGGGAGCUCGCACGCAAGGCACUGGCCGAGUUAGUAAAAACAGGGGCGAUGUUGUUGGUGAACGCUCAGUCACAUUCGCCCCCGCUGGCAAGAAGGAUCAAGAAAAGAUCGAAGCCAAAGCCCCCAACAGUAGGAGUAGACGCGAUGAUGCCAGACGAAGCGCCAGUGGCAAUGUUUUCAGAAGAUUGUAA